GUUUUGAACGACUUCCUUGUACGAACAUUCCCUGAAAAACAGCUGUAUGGAAUCGCGGGAAGCUCCUGAACGACUGUUGAUUUAGAAACAUAUGUUGAGCCACCGUACGAUGGCGUCCUGCAGCUACACGAAACAUGAUGGCCUGCUCGAUGGAAGCAGCGAGAACACCUGUUUGGCAAAAAACGCCGGUAAACGCGAUUCGGUGAGGAUGUCAUAUGGAGCUGACGGUCAAACAAGGAGUCAUGGUAACAACACUGAUGACCAAUCAAUUAGAUUUCAAGGCCCGAGGAGGUGUGAACCUAUCGGUUUUGACCGUAGUUUUGGCCUGACAUGCAUCGUCCUGCAUGAAAGUCUCCAUUCUGCUGCUUUCUACAUUCUCGUUCCUGCCGUGUUUUACAUGAAGGAUGGAAGCCCCCUGAAGUAUACAGAUAGCCAGGCGGUGGCCAUUAUUCUCAUAUUUACAGGUGUUGCUUUCUUUCUGCCGCUGAUUGGUGGAAUUAUCGGAGACAUCGCCCUUGGACGUUACAAGGCAAUACUAUUUGGAACCGUCAUGGAGUUCUUUGGAAUGGUCAUUCUACUCAUCUAUGCCAUUCUAGUUUAUGUAGACAACACUGGAAUUGGACCGAAAUUUUCAAUCCCGGUGGCGACAUUCCUCUUUGUGACCGCACUGAUUCUGAUAGCUCUUGGUACUGGAUUUAUCAAAGCCAAUGUGACCAUAUUCGGGGCCGGGCAGCUUCACGAUACAUCAUGUAGUGCACUGAAGAUCCAGUCGUAUUACAGAUGGUACACUUUUGCCAUCAACCUAGGAAGGCUGUUGGCUUUCUGCCCAAUUUCCAUGUUUCUCGUCAACUACGUUCCGUCUGAUCGGGAACCCACUGGCAAGCCGCAUCGCAACAUGAGUGUCAUAUCUACAGCUGUACCUUUAGAUGAAGUGUGUAACAAAGAUCUCCUGGCAAUUGGAGCAUCUAUUCUCCAAGUCGUGUUUGUGGGACUAGGUAUCUUCAUCUUCAUGAUAGGGAAGGCCAAGUACAAGAUGUUAGAACCGUCUGGUGGACAUCAUAUGUAUUACAUCUUCUGUUUCAAUCGACAUGACCGCAGAAUGAGCGAACUCUCGCCAUACACCAGCGUGUACCAGGAGUACCGACAGCAAAUGAAUACAUACAAACGAGCAGUUCUCCGUCUUACCCUCCUCAUGGCCGCAUUGCUUUCCUUGUACACUAUAUUUGAGGCGGUUGCUUACCAGAAGAUAUCAAUAUUUAUGCUGCAAUUCGAAAAGCUAUCACAGCCAGAGGGUAUGACCGUCCACCUACCUUUGCCCUUCAUGAACACGUUUUCGACGUUAGUCCUCGUGGUGUAUGUGCCACUACUUGAAAUCUUCUCGUGCAGACGGAAAACAGCUGAUGACAUCACAGAGGCUGAAAUAGACGACAAGAUUGCGCAAUGGACCGAAGGUGGCGGAAUCGAAAAUACAACGCCCGCAUCGGUCGUGCGCCAAGCCAGCGUAGCCAAGUAUGUCAAGUUUGGAGGAAGACGAAAGAACCUAAGCAGCAUUUCAAGUGACUUUAAUGUAGACGCAUUGGAUACAGAUUUCAGACGACAAGUGGCGGAGGAUAUUUCUACCACUAAACAUAGACGGGAUAUAUUGAUCAGAAUGGGCAUUGGUCUUAUCUGCGCCGCUAUAGCAGUCCUUUGUGCUGGGAUUCUAGAGACUCUCCGCAAGAAUCACCACGGUUUAUCUGUAUUUUGGCAGGUGCCACAAUAUAUCAUCUUGGGAAUAGGAGAAUUCGGAGAAAUAUCUGCAUAUGAAUUUGCGAAUACUGAAAGUUUACCUGGACUACAAGGCUUUACAAUCGGCAUGUUCAUUUCGACGUAUGGACUCGGCAACUUUCUUGCAUACUUCUGUUAUGCGGGUGCAUCUGGCUCAUUAAUUAAUCCAAAAGACUUGGACGAUUUUCAUAUGGAAUACGUCUACUACGGUCAUGCUGCCUUCCUUCUACUGAUCACCCUGGCCUUCGUCGUCCUGGCGCGGCAGUAUCACCUUGAGCAUCCUUGUAGGUUGGAGGAGCCAAUAUGUCCUUACAGAGCGGAUGAAGAAGACGAGAAGUUCGACUAGAGAUGCUCGUUGUUACUGACACUUUUUUGAAAUUACAGGCGCACGUGAUUGGUGAAGAACUCGAGGUUGUGGCCGGUAUAGGUCGAGUUUCAAAAAGUGAAAACCGCCCGACACUUUUUUUAUACUUCAAUGAAUGAUUGUAGAAAUGGUAUUAAACUGAAAUUUAAAGGUUGAAAUUGAAAUUCGGAGUACAUGUUGCUAUUGAGGCGUACCAUAAUUGAAGGUAGCUAUAUGUCAUAGCUUUUUUUGUUGAACGGAACGAUAGAUUUUGCCGAAACUCAAAACGAUUUCAUUAUAAUUCUCACAAGAGCAGUGAACCAUAGAUUUGAUAUUAUGAUUGUUUACUUGCUGUAUGUCACCAUUUGGUGAUAUUCAGGUCGAUCCUGUGUAUAAAAAUGUGCCUUCAAUUGAAGAUUUAAGUUUCCUUUAUAUAUGUAUACAUAUUUCAUCAACUAUGUGUUCUUUUUAGUAGCUCUGGUAACAUGACGUACGAUUGGCUGCCAUAAGUGUGGCGUCAUCGAAAUAUAAAAUUUCCGUGUUUUUCCAAGGAAGAGCAGUGAAAUAAAGACAUUGUAUAUCUCAAACCACAUACAUCGAAAAAAAAACAAUGUACCUUUAAUUCCUUUGUUCGGUUUGUAAAGUAUAUAUUUGACUGAGAUAUUAGUCGAAUAACCUCGUUCCUAGGAUAAGAUCAAUUGAGACUGGCAACCAAGCAGGAUGGUUCGAAUCGGCACAUGAAGUUCGAGGUUUACCGACACCAUUCAGUCUUCCAUGUGAUUUGAAGGAUGUAGCGCUGGGUUUUACCAGUGAAAAUUAAGGAGUCCAGCCUUCACUUUCGGAAAUAAAGGUUUUGAGCUACUGAAAAACCUUUCAGGGGCCUAACUAGUUUUCUGGUCUUGGAGGGAGUGGGCAAAAUGACACGUUUUGAAAUUUUUCGACUGAAAUCACGAUCAAAAACGCAUUUUUUGGUGACUUCUUGGGGAGGGGAUUUGCCCGCCUCCGCAAUCAGCUUCACCCAUAGUUAAUGGACAGCACAAAUAUGCACCCCUCGAUUGCAACGUGGAGCAUUGCUUGCAAACAACAACACCUGUCUUUCCUUGUAAAUCGCAUUUUGUCACUUUGCAUGUCAAUAAACCCAUAAGGAAAAAAUACUUUAAGCCAGAGUUAUUCCUAUCGGAUUACUUCAUAAUGAUCGGAAAAAUCGUUAGCGGUACGAGGCUAUUCUUCUGCACAUGUUUCUGAAAAGCUCACGUCUAUGGCAAGCCGU